AUUAGGAAGGACCCUCAUACGAGACUUCAAUCCUUACAGCAGUGCCAUAUUUCUUUUUCAAUGUCUGGAAAUAUUGCUAUUAUUGCUAGGUUUGCGUGCUCCACCCUUCUCCCCUGUUAUUCUCUCUCCCAUGGAAGUUGCAGGAACGCCCGCCCCACAAUGCCAUCUAUCCAACUGCCAUUGCUACUCCUCUGCCUGACCUUGUGUGGUGUUUGCCUCAACGGUGGGCAACCCCUUCCAGAGGGAAGUGAGAACAUGGGAAGAAGUCCCCUGGAUGACAUCCUGCAGAGAUCUGAAAGCCUCAUUCUUCAGUCUGUCCUCAAGAAAGCUGAAAAGGAAGAAGAGAUGAAUAAAGAAUCAAAUGCCCCUCUGCCAGAAUGGCUUUCCAAAAGACAACACCCUGGGAAAAAGUACCUAAGUGACCUGGAGAAGAGACAGCAUCCUGGAAGAAGAGAUGUUGAGGAAGACGCAUCUUAUGAAGACAUUCAGAAGAGGCAGCAUCCAGGGAAAAGAGAGAUAGAAGACGACCUUUACGGCUAUCUAGAGCUGAAAAAGCAACAGCAUCCUGGCAGAAGCUCAUUGUCGGAUCAGUAUGCUGACAUCCCUAGGGCACAGCUAACCUACGUGAAUGAUUUAUCCAAAAGACAGCAUCCAGGCAGAAGGUAUCUGAUGUACAAGCGCCAGCAUCCUAGCAAAAGAGGCUGGAAUGAUGAGGUAGACCUAAACGACCAAUAUGGUGAGAAACGCCAGCACCCUGGAAAAAGGCACUGGAAUCCUGACAGCCCAGAUGAUGCAGGCCCCUGCAACUUUCAAGAGUCCUUCACCUGUAACAAAGGCAGCUUGUUGCUUGAUUUAGUAGAAAAUGUUAGCAAAGACAGGGUAGAAGAAAAACGUCAGCACCCAGGAAAGAGAUCAGCAUGA